AUGGGAGAGAUACCUCGUCAGAGACUUUGCGGACGCGACUUGCUGCGCGAAGUGCCAGGCGUACGGGCACGCCGCUCACUUCUGCAGGGCCACCGCGGACGUGUGUGGCAAAUGCGGCGAAGAGGGCCACAGCAGCGCCUGUGUAGGCUCAGUGCGCCAGUGCGCGACUUGCAAGCGCGCAGGAAAGGAGGCGGCGAGCCACAAGACUGCGUCGGCACAGUGCCCAGUGAGGCAGGCAGUGGAGAGGCGGUCCUUCGAAAGAACCAACUAUGGAGGGUAGGACCGCCACCGCACGAGGAGGACUCAACAGCCGCGUGGGACAGCUGA